AUGUCUUUUAUCAAUCUAAUUUUCCUUCCUUACUCCCCUGCUUCUUCUCUCUUUCUAUUUUUUUUCCUUCUGUGUCUUUUUAUUCCAUCCCUUCCUCCCCUGCUUCUUCUCUCUUUUUUUUUUUCCUUCUGUGUCCCUUACCCCUGGUCCUCCUUUAUUUCUUUUUCUUUUUUUUUUCCUUCUCUGUUUUUCAAUCACCCCCAUCCCCCUUACUCCCCUGCUUCUUCUCUUUCUAUUUUUCCUUCUGUGACUUUAUCAAUGUUCCAUCCCACUUACUCCCCUGCUUCUUCUCUCUUUCUAAUUUUUCCUUCUGUGUCUUUAUCAAUGCCUUCUCCCACUUACACCCCUGGUCCUCCUUUCUUUUUUUUUUUCCUUCUGUGUCUUUAUCAAUCCUCCACUCCCCUGCUUCUUCUCUCUUUCCCACUUUAUCAAUGCCUUUCCCCCUGCUCCUUCUCUCUCUUUCUAAUUUUCCCUUCUGUGUCUUUAUCAAUUUAUCAAUGCCUCCUUUAUUUCUUUUUUUUUUCUUCCUUUCAAUGCCCCUUCCUCCCCUCCCCUGCUUCUUCUCUCUUUCUAUUUUUUCCUUCUGUGACUUUAUCAAUGUUUCAUCCCACUUCCUCCCUGCUUCUUCUCUCUUUCUAA